AUGUCACACAUUAAACUAAUUUCCUUCAAUAUUAACAUUUCCGUUUUCCUUUUUUUUAUUUUCUAUUUUCUCCUAAAUCUCGUCCCGUACUCUCACAAUAAGUUCUAUUCGCUUUGGACACCUCUCUCUCUCUCUCUCUCUCUCUCUCACUCACUUUCACUUCCUCUCUCUCUCUCUCUCGCUCCCUUUCUCGCUUUCACUCCCUUUCUCUCUCUUUCACAUCCACACUUUCUUUCACUUCCUUUCUUUCUUUUUCACGUCCUCUCUCUCACUUUUUCUCUCGAACUUCCUCUCUCUCUCUCUCUCUCGACUCCUUUCUUUUUCUCUCUCUUGCUCCCUUUCUCUCUCGCCACCAUCUCUCUCUCCUUUCUCUCUCUCACUCCUUUUUUCUCUCUUUCACUUCCUCUAACUUCCUCUCCUUCUCACACUUCGUCUCUCUCUUUCACAACCUCUCUCUCACACUUUCUUUCUCUCUCUGUUGACUAUUUUCUCUCACGCGUUCUCUCUCUCUCUCUCGACUCCUUUCUCUCUCUCUUGCGACUCCUCUCUCUCUUGCGACUCCUCUCUCUCGACUCCCUUCUCUCUCACUCUCUCUCUCUCGACUCCUUUCUCUCUCUCUCUCUUGCGACUCCUCUCUCUCUCUUUCUCGACUCCCCUUAUACCAUAAUUCUUUCUCUCUCUCUCUCUCUCUAA